CUCGGCUCUUUGUGCAGGAGUUUCCCCGUGACAAACCAGCUGUGGACCGGAGAGCGACAGCAGACGGAGCAGGAGAGAGAAGCGGCGCUCCGGGAGAGCUGCGGCUGUCGCAUCCAGAGGACACGUCUUUUGUCUGGGAGCUCAUCCAAAAAAACAACCGGGCAGCAGAGCAGCGCGCGGCGAGCCCCGGAGCUCCGUGGGUUUAUUCCAGCUCGGAGAUUUCGGUCUUUGACGUUGAGGCAGCAUCAUCCGGUCACCGUGUUUACAUCGGAGCCUUGACCACAGUGGAAGUUAUCUGGAGGACUUGUGUUGACGCGCUGCAAAACAGCGGAUUUUGGGUUUGCGUCGCUCGGAUGGCUCCGAUUGGAAUUUACAGCGUUUUUUGGCUCGAAACUGUUUCCAUCAAAGUUUCAUCUCUUUGUCCCGUCCCACAGCUCUCCCAAACACCUCUCGGCAUGUCCUCAUAGUGCGUAAUUACUGUUUUCCGGAGCUCUUUUCCCCCGUUGGCGUCACAGGUACUUAAACCUGGAUCGACACUUGAUGCCAACAGAUCACCUCACCGCGUAAAGGUGACAGAUCGUUUUUUAAAUCCGGGGCUGCAGCCUCUCAAACACACACACACAUACACACACACCCCGCGUCCAUCAUGGAUGAUAUUGGAGGAAUACAAUUAAAGUCGUCCAAAAGGAGCGUGUUGAAAACAUAUCUGGGAGUAUUUAUGGUGCUUCAUCUGGUGAUUCACACGGAGGCUUCGUCUGCGUCCAAGUCCUGCGAUAAAAGCUGUUUUUCGGGGAAGUGCAUCAACGGGAGCUGCGUGUGUGACCACGGCUGGGUCGGAGAUCAGUGCCAGCACUGCCAGGGCAGGUUCAGGUUUCGACCUGUGGAGCUGAAAUUUGGCAAGAAGGACCGGCUGUUCUUCGUGAUGGAGUACGUCAAUGGCGGCGACUUGAUGUUCCAGAUCCAACGGUCGAGGAAAUUUGACGAGGCGCGGUCUCGUUUUUACGCCGCCGAGGUCACGUCCGCUCUGAUGUUCCUGCACAGGCAUGGAGUCAUAUACAGAGACUUAAAGCUGGACAACAUACUGUUGGAUGCGGAGGGUCACUGUAAGCUCGCAGACUUCGGGAUGUGCAAAGAGGGAAUCCUGAGUGGAGUCACCACCACCACCUUCUGUGGGACGCCAGAUUACAUCGCUCCUGAGAUCCUUCAAGAGCUGGAUUACGGCCCAUCAGUGGACUGGUGGGCUCUGGGGGUGCUGAUGUAUGAGAUGAUGGCCGGCCAGCCUCCAUUUGAGGCUGAUAACGAAGAUGACCUGUUUGAGUCCAUCCUCCAUGAUGACGUCCUCUACCCCGUCUGGCUCAGCAAGGAGGCUGUGUCCAUUCUUAAAGCGUUCAUGACCAAGAGUCCCAACAAGCGUCUGGGCUGUGUGGUGGCUCAGGGUCUGGAGGAGGCCAUUAAGCACCACGUGUUCUUCAGAGAGAUCGACUGGACGCUGCUGGAGCAGAGAAAGAUCAGACCGCCGUUCAAACCACGCAUCAAAACCAAAAGGGAUGUGAAUAACUUUGACCAGGACUUUACACGAGAGGAACCCAACCUGACGCCGGUGGAGGACAACAUCAUCAAGCAGAUCAACCAAGAUGAGUUUAAAGGAUUCUCCUACUUUGGAGAGGAGACGGACGACCUCUACAUGUUUGGCGGGAAGCUGGAGGCGAGAUCGGCCAACGUGACGGACGAGAUGUGGGUGUUCAACAUCCCAAGGCGCACUUGGUCGCUGCGGAAACCAGCCCCGCCUCCUCCCUACGCCUUGGAGGGCCACACGGCUCACGUGGUGGAGCUGGCCGACGGCGAGCCGGUGAUGCUGAUCUUCUUCGGCUACUCGCCAAUCUACAGCUACAUCAACAAAGUUCAGGAGUACAACAUGAGGUCGAACUCGUGGCAGGUUGUGUCCGCUGAGGGCGCAGUGGUGCAGGGAGGUUAUGGCCACAGCAGCGUGUACGACGAGGCCAGCGGCUGCGUGUUCGUCCAUGGGGGAUACAAGGCGCUUAACAACAACAAAUACGGCCUGGUGGACCACAUGUACCGGUACCACGUGCACACGAAGACAUGGUUGAUCCUAGCGGAGAGCGGUAUAGCGCGGUACCUCCACUCUGCGGUGCUCCUGAGCGGCACAGUCCUGGUUUUUGGGGGAAACACUCACAAUGACACGUCGCUAAGCAACGGAGCCAAGUGCUUUUCUGCUGACUUCCUGGCGUACGAUAUCGCUUGUGACGAGUGGACGGUCCUCCCCAGACCGGGUCUGCACCGGGACGCCAACCGCUUCGGACACUCUGCCGUGGUUAACAACGGCUCAAUGUACAUCUUUGGGGGUUUUUCGGGGCUCCUUCUGAACGAUGUGCUGGCCUACACCCCUCCGUCCUGCCAGGCCUUUUCCACCCCGGCAUCGUGUGCUGCUGCCGGGCCGGGCGUUCGCUGCCACUGGUCCAAAGCAGAUGUGUCUCCUGGGAGAAAAGCAGCCGAGCACAGCCGAGCUCCUUUCUGCCCUGUGCGACCUGACAGCACAGACGAGCAGUGUUUCCGGUUCUCAGACUGUGCGAGCUUUUGCACCGCCAACACACGGGGCUGCCAGUGGUGUGAGGACAGGAAGUGUAUAUCUACAUCCAGCAACUGCACAGUGCUGACUCUGGAGUUGGCCCAGCAGCAUGGCGGCGCUCUGUCUCUGUCUCGCCCACCGACCAUGUUGUCUGAACACCAGCUGAGCUUGUGGAAGCACGGAGCCAGAAGGAGGGGACAUGCGGUGAGAGACUCGUCCGGCUGUAAGCGCCGGGAGGAGCAGGAGUGUUUCAGACUGGCCAACUGCAGGAGCUGCUCCCUCAACGCCAACUGCCAGUGGGAGGUGCAGCAGCAGGAGUGUCAAGCACUUCCUGGCCAGCUGUGUGGGGAGGGCUGGCACCACGUCGGGGAGGCCUGCCUGAGGAUCAACUCCAGCAGCGAGAGCUAUGAUAACGCUCAGCACUACUGCAAGAACCUGGGAGGAAAUAUUGCCUCUCUGCUCACAGACAAACAAGUCAAUUUCGUUCUGGAAGAGCUGCAAAAAUACCAGCUGCAAGACAAGACAUUAUCUCCCUGGGUGGGUCUGAGGAAGAUCAACGUGUCGUACUGGGGCUGGGAGGACGCUCCCUUCACCAACACCAGCCUGCGAUGGUUACCCGGAGAGCCCAGCGACUCGGGCUUCUGCGCCUACCUGGAGCGAGCGCAGGUGGCCGGUCUGAAAGCCAACCCCUGCACGGCCACCACCGACGGCCUGAUCUGCGAGAAACCUGCCGGGAGCCCGCAGAGUCAAAGUGCUCGUCCCUGCAGGACGCCCUGCUCUCUGCGCACCAGCUGUGCCAACUGCACCAGCCAGGCCAUGGAGUGCAUGUGGUGCAGCAGCACGCAGCGCUGCGUCGACUCCUCUGCGUACGUCAUCUCCUUCCCCUACGGACAGUGUCUGGAGUGGCAGACGCAGGACUGUGCAGCCCAGAACUGUUCGGGUCUGAGGACGUGUGCAGAGUGUUUGGAGAGGACGGAGUGCGGCUGGUGUGGAGAUCCCAGUAACACUGGCAAAGGUGUUUGCAUGGAGGGGUCCUACCGAGGCCCCCUGAAGCCCGCUGGCACCAGGGCCGGGCCCCGAGACCGAGACAGACUGCGAGACAGCGACAUGUUGCUGGAUCAGAGUCUCUGUUCGUCUGAUCGAGGAUACAACUGGGCUUUCAUCGAAUGUCCCGCGUGUCAGUGUAACGGCCACAGCAGGUGUGUGAACGGCAGCGUGUGCGAGCACUGUGGAAACCUGACAGCAGGGAUGCACUGCCAGAGCUGCAUGCCCGGUUACUAUGGCGACCCCACCAACGGAGGCAAAUGUAACGCAUGCAAGUGUAACAGCCACGCCAACGUGUGCCACGUCAACACGGGGAAGUGCUUCUGUACCACCAAGGGCAUCAAGGGAGACCAGUGUCAGCUAUGUGACUCAGAGAACCGUUACCUUGGCAACCCUCUCAGAGGAACCUGUUAUUACAACCUGUUGAUCGAUUACCAGUUUACCUUCAGCUUGCUUCAGGAGGAUGACCGCCACUACACCAGCAUCAACUUCAUGGCUACACCUGAGCAGGCCAACAAGAACCUCGACAUGUCCAUCAACGCCUCGAACAACUUCAACCUCAACAUCACUUGGUCUUUGAGCUCAACAGCUGGCACCAUCUCGGGGGAAGAGAUGCCGAUCAUAGCGAAGACCAACAUCAAGGAGCACCGGGACAGUUUCUCCUGUGAAAAGUUCAACUUCAGACUCCACCACAACAUCACCUUCUACGUCUACGUGUCCAACUUCAGCUGGCCAAUCAAGAUCCAGAUCGCUUUCUCUCAGCACAACAGCAUCAUGGACCUGGUGCAGUUCUUUGUCACCUUCUUCAGCUGUUUCCUGUCUCUGCUGCUGGUGGCUGCUGUGGUUUGGAAAGUCAAACAGACCUGCUGGGCGUCGAGACGCAGAGAGCAGCUGAUGAGAGAGCGACAGCAGAUGGCCAGUCGUCCCUUUGCUUCGGUUGCUGUGGCGCUGGAGGUGGGCGGUGACCAAGAGGAGCUGCUACAGGCGGCGCCAAAGCCCAUAGCCAUGGAGCCGUGUUGGGGGAGUCGAGCAGGUGUUCUGACGGUGCUGCUGUAUCUGCCCAGAGUCCCGUCUGGGAUCCCUCCACCAGGACAGUCAGGUAUUGCUAUAGCCAGCGCUCUGGUAGACACAUCGCAACAGCGAGUGAUGGACUUCAAAGAAAGAGGCCUGGGUCUGAAGCACCGCAAACAUAUUGUGCAUCACCAAGGGACCUGUGUAUGAACUGGAUAACCUCACUGAGGGAACAAGAUCAUAACCCCGAGGGAUUUUCCUGGAGAUAUUCUCAUGGAUAUAAAACAAAGGGACACACAGUAAACAAAGGCGAAGCCUGCGAAAACUGGGGUUUCAUGGUCUUUGAAAGUGGAUUUAGAGAGGAAAUGUAUCCACUGUCUUAUCAAAAGGCACUCAAAUUACGAAAAAUUGUCCUUUUCUUCUCUGGAUAAGAUGAAAAACGUCUUCACCAUGCUCUUCUUGUCCCCUGUGUGAAUAUGUUGGUCUUGAAGACCCCGGAAACAAGAACUGGAAACCUGCAGAUUGACAGCGAAAAAUGUGUGUUCACUAGCACAGCUUUGGUCAGACGCUGACUUUGAGUGCUGGCAGGCUUUUCCACUUCCAUGCCAUGUGGCUCUGCAUCUCCAGGGCUCUACUUGUCUGUCAUGCGGUCUGCCACACUGACAGAAAAUACACUUGUUUUACACCAUUAGACCACACUAAAUGGCUUUGAGCGCCGGUGAAAGAUAUUGAGCUGGAACUAACUGAGCUGAAAUGGAGUCCUCCUGACUUGCAAACCCACUCGGACUCAGGAGCGAUGCUGGAAAAAACAACACGGACCUAACGAGAUCAAUGCAAAACACUGUAGCGGGUGGUGUUCUCCGACAAGGAUUUGCUUGAGGAGAAAGUCUCCAAUGGGAAUUUUAAAGACUACUACUGUUGAGAUGUAGAAGAAUGGAGAUUAUUGGAUGUAAUUGUUGAGAUUUUGUCCUAAUUGUUUCUCCCUGCACCAACAUUUGAAGUUAUACAUUUUGAUAUCUGCUCAGGUCCUCUGAAAUGGAAAAAGGGUCCAUUAUCUGUAGCUUUGGGCCUUAUACACAUCUGUAUAUGCACUAUAAGUAAAAUGCUUUACUAGUACAUUAGGACCCUCUGUGGGACAAUAUUAUGCAACUGAUCAUCCAAAUGUAAUGUUUAUUCUGGGCUGCAAUGUAACCUUGAGGUCGGUAUCAUCAAACACAUACUACUGAUGGUAUUCAUAUGCCUAUUAAUUCAGUUUUUACUGUGAAGAUACACACUAUACAUCUUUUCUCAUGACCUCAGUAAACUUCAUGCCUGUUUACUUGUGAUACAAACUUUUACGUAACAUAUCUCCGUAUGAAAUAUUUAUUAAUUAUGCAAAUUACAGUUAAUAAUUUUACAAAUGCACUAAGAUUUUUUUUUUAAACAAAGACUUAACAAUAGAUUUUUCAAAUCAAGUCUGCAGUAUUCCCUUUUUGCUUGUGUACCCUCAAUGUCUUUUUUUUAUUUCCAAAUAUAUUUUAUGCAUAUCAUAGCAAGUUUUGUCUGAUGUCAACAAGAUUUUCUUUUUUCCUGUUAUGUUAAAACCUUCAUCAAAUAUUCUAAAGUCACUUUUUAAUGAUUGCAUGUGAACAGAGAUACCCUAGAGUUCAAAAGUUUGGAAUCUCCUGCCACAAAAGCUCAACAAUUUUAUACAAUUGGGUAUAAAAAAUGUUUUGUACAUAGAAAACAAAACACACAAUUGUUAGACCAUACAUAAUUUCAGCUGUUUAGUCUAAUGUAUCACAAUCGAAACCCACAAAAUAUUAAGAAAAGUAAUAGUCUCUCUCUGCCUGCUGGUCACCGGCUGUUUACAGUCCUGUAUC